GCGCCUGGGAUGAUGCCGCCACCGCCACCGCCACCUCUGCCGCCGCGGGACGGGUUCGGGUCUGGGUCGGACUCAGCCGGUGUGAGGAGCGGGACCGCCCCGGUCGUGGCGGCCACUGCGGGAGCGCACUGAACGGCCGCCUGUCAUGUCCAGGAAGAAGACCCCCAAGUGCAAGGGGGGCAGCGUGCCCGCUGCCUCCGCUCUGCCUGCUGCCAACGGGCCCCGACCGGUGCGUCCCGGGACUGCGCACCCUGGCCCCGAGGCGCCGCCCAACGGGCCCCCGCAGUUCGGUCGGCCCUCGCUUGGCGGCGGUGGCGACUUCUACGACGUCGCCUUCAAGGUUAUGCUGGUGGGAGACUCAGGCGUGGGGAAGACCUGUCUGCUUGUACGCUUCAAGGAUGGUGCUUUCCUGGCAGGCACCUUCAUCUCCACUGUGGGCAUAGACUUCCGGAACAAAGUUCUGGACGUGGAUGGAGUGAAGGUGAAGCUGCAGAUCUGGGACACAGCUGGCCAGGAGCGGUUCCGCAGUGUCACUCAUGCCUACUACCGAGACGCUCAUGCACUACUGCUACUCUAUGAUGUCACCAACAAGGCCUCCUUUGACAACAUCCAGGCUUGGCUGACAGAGAUCCAGGAGUAUGCCCAGCACAACGUGGUGCUCAUGCUGCUGGGGAACAAGGUGGACUCCGCUCAUGAACGUGUGGUGAAAAGGGAGGAUGGGGAGAAGCUGGCCAAGGAAUAUGGGUUGCCCUUCAUGGAGACCAGUGCCAAGUCAGGCCUCAAUGUGGACUUGGCCUUCACAGCCAUAGCAAAGGAGCUGAAACAGCGCUCCACGAAGGCUUCCAGCGAGCCCCGCUUCCGGCUGCACGAGUAUGUUAAAAAUGAGGGUCAAGGGUCUUCCUGCUGCCGAUCCUGAACCUAGCUGAGCUCAAUUCCACUCUGGAGGAAGCAGCACAGACCUGGAAGUCUGGACAGAGGAUUUUCAGGCCCUUUUGACUUCACACAGUGGCCAUCCCAGUGGUGUCCAUUUCCAGGACUCCCAUCCAAGCCUCACUCCUUCCUUGUUUAAGCUGUAGUCAUCAAUCUUCAGUCCCAACAUGCAGGCUUCAAAGCCAUCUCAGAAAAGCAAAGGUCUUGAGCCCA